AUGGCGGCAGCACACGGCGGAGAUGAUCUGGCGAGGUCAGUGAGCCAGCGGUUGAGUCUGUCGGCGUCCAGUGCGAAAUGGGCUUCCGCUAGCAUCCGGGAGGCUUUCUCAGGUGCACCUGGAGGUGAUGCUUUUGAAAGAGUAGGGCAACAAGAUGAUGAAGAUGAACUCAAAUGGGCUGCAAUUGAGAGGCUUCCAACAUAUGACAGAUCAAAGAAAGAAAUGUUGGAGCAAGUUACAGCUGAUCAUGAAAGAAAUGCAGGCAUGGAGAUUUUGGGUCAUCAAGAUAAGAAACAGCUUAUGGAGAGUGUGCUUAAAGUUGUGGAAGAAGACAAUGAGAGUUUUCUUCGUCGUCUCCGAGAAAGGAUUGAUAGGGUUGGCAUUGAAAUUCCAAAGAUUGAAGUCCGUUACAAGAACCUAUUGAUCGAAGGAGAUGUAUUCAUAGGGUCCAGGGCACUUCCAAGUCUGUUGAAUGCGACCCUUAAUGCCAUAGAGGGAUUUCUCCAAGCCAUUAGGCUUUUUCCAUCGAACAAAAAAGUUCUCAACAUAUUGCAGGAUGUAAGCGGAAUCGUGAGACCGUCGAGGAUGACACUACUUCUCGGACCUCCGAGCUCGGGGAAAACGACCUUCUUGACGGCACUUGCUGGAGUACUAAAAAAGGAUCUAAGAUUAACCGGAGAAGUUACUUACUGCGGUCAUAAAAUGUCGGAAUUCAUUCCUCAGAGAACUUGUGCGUAUAUCAGGCAACAUGAUAUCCACCAUGGUGAAAUGACCGUUAGAGAGACCUUAGAUUUUUCUGGCCGUUGCCUCGGUGUAGGAACUAGAUACGACCUUCUAUCAGAACUAUCGAGACGAGAGAGAAUCGCCGGGAUCACACCGGACCCUGAUAUCGAUGCUUUCAUGAAAGCCACAUCAACGGCCGGUCAAGAAUCUAGUUUGGUUACAGACUACGUCCUCAAGAUACUCGGAUUAGAUAUCUGCGCGGAUAUCAUGGUCGGUAACGAGAUGCGAAGAGGAAUCUCGGGUGGCCAGAAGAAACGUGUGACUACAGGAGAGAUGUUAGUAGGGCCUGCUAAAGUAUUUUUCAUGGAUGAAAUUUCUACUGGUUUAGACAGUUCGACUACUUAUCACAUCGUUAAAUACAUGAAACAAAUGGUUGAUACCAUGGAUGUCACCAUGAUCAUCUCUCUUCUUCAACCCGCACCCGAAACCUUCGACUUAUUCGACGACGUUAUCCUCCUUUCCGAGGGUCAAAUCGUGUACCAAGGCCCACGUGAAAACGUUCUCGACUUCUUCGAAGACGUCGGAUUCAAAUGCCCCGAAAGGAAAGGAGUUGCCGACUUUUUACAAGAAGUUACCUCAAGAAAAGAUCAAGAACAGUAUUGGUUCAAGAAACACGAACCUUACUCUUUCGUCUCCGUGCCAGAGUUCCGGCAUCUUUUCAGCAAGUCUCAGCUCGGCGAGAAUCUUUCUCACGAUCUUUCGAUUCCUUACGACAAAACCCACACGCAUCCAGCCGCUUUGGUGAAAGAAAAAUUCGGUAUUUCCAAUGUGGAGCUUCUAAAAGCGACAUUGGCACGAGAAUGGUUGCUAAUGAAACGAAACGCGUUUUUAUACAUCUUCAAGACGUUUCAGAUCACGAUAAUGUCGAUUAUCGCGUUCACCGUGUUCUUUAGAACCACGAUGAAAAGCGGUCAGCUCAAAGAUGGUGGAAAAUAUAUGGGUGCAUUGUUCUUUAGUCUUCUUAACGUGAUGUUUAACGGCGCUGCUGAGCUUGCGCUAACCGUUAUGCGACUUCCGGUGUUCUUUAAACAACGGGAUUCGCUAUUUUACCCUGCGUGGGCAUUCGCCCUCCCGAUUUGGGUUGUGAAAAUCCCGAUAUCGGUUAUGGAGUCGGUGAUAUGGAUUUGUAUGACGUAUUACACCAUCGGGUUUGCUCCGUCGGCAAGUCGGUUUUUUCGACAACUUUUGGCGUAUAUUUGUGUGCACCAAAUGGCUUUGUGUCUCUUUCGUUUUAUAGCUUCGAUUGGGAGAACACAAGUGGUCGCAAGUGCUCUUGGGACCUUUACGCUGCUGAUAAUUUUUGUGCUUGGAGGAUUCAUCGUAGCAAAAGAUGACAUUGAGCCGUGGAUGAUCUGGGGCUAUUACGUUUCACCCAUGAUGUACGGACAAAAUGCCAUCAUGAUCAACGAGUUUUUAGAUGAUAGAUGGAAAACGCCAAAUCCCGAUCCACGAAUCAACGAACCUACGGUAGGCAAGGUUCUUUUGAGUUCUAGAGGCAUGUUCAAGAUGGCCUAUAUGUAUUGGGUCUGUGUCGGUGCACUAUGUGUGUUUUCGUUGAUCUUCACGAUCUUAUUCAUUUUAGCGUUGACGUAUUUGAAUCCUUUUGGAGAUUCAAAAACUGUUCUUCCAACUGAAGAUGAACAAAAUAAGCACCACAAAUCAGCCACUAAUCAAGAUAUACUUAAUUUAGGUACAGAAAUGGCAGGAAGGAAAACAAAUGGAGCUAAAAAGAAAGGGAUGGUGCUGCCAUUUCAGCCAUUGUCACUUGCAUUUGAUCAUGUCAAUUACUAUGUAGACAUGCCUGCUGAAAUGAGAGCUCAAGGAUUCGAGGAGGAUCGUCUACAACUGCUACGAGAUGUGAGUGGUGCGUUUAGGCCGGGUAUCUUGACAGCGUUGGUUGGAGUCAGUGGUGCCGGAAAGACGACCUUGAUGGAUGUUUUAGCUGGAAGAAAGACGGGUGGUUAUAUUGAAGGGAAUAUCAGCAUCUCCGGGUACCCUAAAAAUCAAGAAACUUUUGCUCGUGUGAGCGGAUAUUGUGAGCAAAACGAUAUCCAUUCUCCACACGUUACAGUUUACGAAUCCCUCAUGUAUUCUGCCUGGCUGCGUCUCGCUCCAGAUGUAACCGAUCAAUCACGACAAAUGUUCGUGGAGGAAGUAAUGAAUUUGGUGGAGUUGAAUUCCGUAAGGGAUUCACUAGUCGGCCUUCCAGGAGUAGACGGUCUCUCGACUGAGCAACGGAAGAGACUCACGAUAGCCGUUGAGUUGGUUGCCAACCCUUGUAUUAUCUUCAUGGACGAGCCCACAUCAGGGCUCGACGCAAGGGCUGCAGCCAUCGUCAUGCGAACGGUCAGGAACACGGUUGAUACGGGUAGAACCGUCGUCUGCACGAUUCACCAACCGAGCAUCGACAUUUUCGAAGCCUUUGAUGAGCUAUUCUUGAUGAAAAGAGGUGGUCAGGUCAUUUAUGCUGGGCCUCUUGGACAUCAUUCUCACCUGCUAGUUGAAUACUUCCAAUCGUUUCCAGGGGUUACCAAGAUAACAGACGGUCAAAAUCCCGCAACUUGGAUGCUUGAAGUCACUUCUUCCACGGUUGAAGCUCAACUUGGCGUUGAUUUUGCAGCGUUCUACGCUAAUUCUGAAUUGUAUAGGAGGAAUCAGGAGCUGAUUAAAGAGCUGAGCACACCCGCACCCGGGUCCGACGACCUACACUUUGCAACAAAAUACUCGCGAUCGUUUUUCACACAAUGCAACGCCUGCUUUUGGAAACAACGUUUGUCGUAUUGGAGACAUCCACAGUACAAUGCUGUUCGGUUCUUGAUGACGACGGUGAUUGGGAUCAUUUUUGGAAUAAUUUUCUGGGACAAAGGCCAAAAAACGAGUCGACAACAAGAUCUGAUGAAUAUGUUGGGAGCUAUGUAUGCGGCCGUUAUGUUUCUUGGAGGAACGAAUACUUCUUCAGUGCAAGCCGUGGUGUCGGUAGAGAGGACGGUUUUCUACCGUGAAAAAGCCGCAGGGAUGUAUUCGCCGCUCCCAUACGCAUUUGCUCAGGUGGCAAUAGAGGUGAUUUACGUUUGUAUUCAAACGUUGAUUUACAGCCUUUUGCUUUACUCGAUGAUCGGAUUUGCUUGGUCGGCUAGCAAGUUUUUCUGGUUCUACUUCUUCGUGUGCAUGUGUUUCAUUUACUUCACAUUAUACGGGAUGAUGCUUGUAGCCCUAACUCCGAACUACCAUAUCGCUGCCAUUACAAUGUCCUUCUUCCUCAGCUUCUGGAACUUGUUCUCCGGCUUCCUUAUCCCGAGAACGCAAAUUCCGAUAUGGUGGAGGUGGUAUUACUGGGGAUCUCCGGUGGCAUGGACGCUAUACGGGCUGAUUACAUCUCAAGUGGGUCAAAACGAAAACCUGGUUUUAGUCCCGGGAGCUGGUUCGAUUCCGGUCAAGGACUUCAUCAAGGGUUUCUUAGGAUACGAGUACCAUUUUCUCCGCUACGUUGCAAUGGCUCAUAUUGCUUGGGUUGUUCUCUUCUUCACCAUUUUCGCUUGUGGCAUCAAAUUUCUUAACUAUCAAAAAAGGUAA